AUGCCUUCGUUUCUGCGAAAUCUCGGCAGGAGGAACAGUCGCAUGGUCAAGGCGGCCGACAGACCGCAGACCAGCACCCACCAGCAGCAGCAGCAGAAUGGCAAAGGCCUCGCCCAUCGCGCUUCUGCCUCUACCCUAAACUCGUCCCAGGUCGCCUCUUCCACGCCCUCGACUACGCCCGCCACCUCGACCACCGACGAGCUCACCACGCACACCAAAGACGUGACCAAUGGCCCCACUCCCGCGCCCGCGCACGCGCGACCACAACGGCCAGGCGUGGAUACGGUCAAGCGCUACAGCACCAAUGUAGGCAGUUGCGGCACUUUGGUAGAGCCGCCCUCUAACAAGCACAUCCAGAGCAUGGCCUCGCCCGCGUCCGCCGGCUCCAACGGCUCCUUGAAUCGAUCGUCCCUGCUUGCGCCUCGUGUCUUGUCGGUUUCGGACAACUCUUGGGUGCAUCAACAGGUCCUGCUCAUCUUUGGGCAGGUCGGCGAGCCCCAGAGCAGACCCUUGGACGGCACACUUACGGUUAACCACCACCAGGGCCGCUUCCCCUCGACUUGCUGGCCGGUACACGAGUCGUACUUCAAGGCAUUGGUGCAUCUCGAGCCUGGCUGGAACAGAAUUCGCCUCGACUUCUCCUCGCCCAAAGUCUCUGCUUCCAACACGUCGGUCCCCGCACACGCAUCCGUUAUUAAUAUAAACUAUCUGCCCUUGACGCACUCGCCGCCCCUUCAGCUCGCCAUCAUACUUGGACACGAUUCUCCAGGAACAUAUGAUGCCCCGCCCGAGCGCAUCCAGCGUGAAGGCAAUGGGCUCGACCUCGCCGUGAAGAAGUUCAGGAUGGCUGCAUACCUAUGGCAAGCCUUCACCGGCGAGCAGAUGAAGCGCUAUGGCUUUGGCCGUCGAUGCUUUCGUUUCGAGGAUGCCUGGGAACCUGGUAGUCUGAGCUACCAAGACUGGGCUGAGAACCAAUACCGGACACAGGCAAAGAUCCACAUUAUUCGUUCCAGAAGAUCGGUCGCGGAAAUCAGGGACCUCGAGCGUGCGCAACAGUACGGCCCGGCAACCAAGAAGAAUGAGUUGUUUGACAUUGCCAUGGAAGCGUGCAGAGACUAUUUCCAUAUUGCGCCAGGCCAAAAGCAUUACGUUUCUUGCUUGUUCCUGGACACACACUGGGAUACGCAGACACAGACCGUGCGGGGUCAUGCGGCCCUGGGCGGCGGCGGCGGUGAUCUGCAGCUUGCCAUCUUUGGGUCACAUGCGCUCCACAGCUACCCGUCGAGCAUUGAGGAGGUUUUCCAGGCCUUCCAGGACUGUACACGAACCGAUACCGCUGUUGUUGCAAACGACUGUAACGAGUCCGGGAGCAAUUGGGAAGCGGCUAACAUUGGUAUUGGAGCACACCUUCACGAAACGGGCCAUCUUUUCGGCUGCCCACAUCAAGAGUGGGGUGUCAUGUUACGCGAUUAUGUCACAUUAAACCGUACAUUCACUUGCCGGGAGCCCUACUCUACUCGAACCAAGUCACCAGGUCAGCGGCUAGUUUUGCCAAACGACGAGUGCAGAUGGCACAAAUUGGACGUACUACGGUUCCGCUUCCACCCCUGCUUCCGGAUACCCAUUGAUGCCCCAAUGGUCAACGGAGACGACAGCGUACAGGUGUGGACCGUUGACACCAGCCAAGGCGGCGUCAUUGCAACGUCCAAAUCCGGCAUUGCCUGGGUAGAGCUCUAUACCCAAGGAGACGACGUUUGCCGUCACUGGAAAGAGUUUCCCGAGUUGGAUGGCCAGUAUCCGCGACAGGUUACGCUGGAUGAAGGCUCUCUCCGCGCACUUCUCUCUGCUGAUAAGCAAAAAUCGCGCCUGAAAGUCGAGGUAUUCUCGGCAGGUGGCGGCAAGCAUGUUAUUGAAGACUUUGGCAAGCUAGCUAACCAGAACCUUGCUCGGGUCAAGUUGCCAGAUGGCCGUUGGGGCUACCGUGGUAGCAAGCUGGGUUACUCUCAAAUGGAGGGUUCACGGCCAGAAGAAAUUGUUUUUGAUUAUGUUCACAUCCAGACCAAACUUCUACUCCGCAUAAAGGUGUACCAUGGCUACGCUGUAGAUGGACUAGAGUUUGUCUACGAGGAUAAGGAUACUCAGAUGUUCGGCAAGCGAGGAGGUAGUGUUUCAGAGUUUGCCUUGGACACACGCAAGGGCGAAUUAUUGCUUGGCUUCUCUCUCCGAGCUGGUCUCUGGAUUGACGGUCUGCAAAUCCUAACAAGUCUGGGAAGGAAGAGCGAGUGGUAUGGAAAUCCGAAUGGCGGCAGCGGACACACGCUCAUCCCACCCCGUGGCUACACCAUUGGUGGAAUCUCUGGAUCCUGCGCACAGUGGCUUGACGGUUUUUCGCUCAUCAUCACGCGAUGA